AUGGCGAGCGCCCAGACGUGCAUUGUGACCCGUUUCCAGUCUUCAGAUAAACAUCGUAAUAUAAAAGUGGAGCCGGAAGAUUUUAUUGUCUGGUUUUUAUGCCGCAAUAAAGGUUCUGAUCUGAUAAAUUGCCUUUCGCUGGUAUCAUCCCGUCAUUAUCAUGUUCCAGAUCUGAGAAAUGACGUCAGCGGCCAGCACAGGAGAUUUGGACCUAUUUCAGAGCCCAGACAUCUGUUGGCUCACAGUUCCAGGGCGGCAGCUGUGGAAUUGUACAAGAUGAUCAUCGCUUUAUUACCCGUCCUGUUCCUGGUGGGAGCCGCCGGAGGCGCCGAGGUCUGUUACUCCCGGAUCGGAUGUUUUACAAACAAUGUCCCCUGGGCCGGCACCGUGGAGAGACCCAUUUCCCAGUUGCCCUGGUCUCCGGAGAAGAUUAACCCCCGAUUCCUGCUUUAUACCCGGGCCAACACCAACAACUUUCAGCAAAUUAACGCGGUGACCCCCUCCACUAUUUCUGCCUCAAACUUCAGAACGAACAGAAAGACCCGAUUCAUCAUUCACGGCUUCAUCGACAAGGGCGAGGAGGGCUGGCUGACCGACAUGUGCAAGACGAUGCUGCAAGUGGAAGAUGUGAACUGUAUCUGUGUGGAUUGGGUCGGCGGAUCCCGGACACUCUACACUCAGGCUUCCAAUAAUAUCCGUGUCGUGGGGGCGGAAGUGGCCUAUUUCAUUGACAUCCUCCAUAACAACUUUGGAUACGCUCCGGCCAACGUUCAUGUCAUUGGCCACAGUCUGGGCUCUCAUGCCGCAGGAGAAACUGGCAAGAGGAAGAGAGGAAUCGGCAGGAUCACCGGUCUGGAUCCCGCUGAACCCUACUUCCAGGGAACCCCGAUUGAGGUCAGACUGGACCCUUCAGAUGCAGCUUUUGUUGAUGUCAUCCACACAGAUGCGGCUCCGGUGAUCCCCNCUGCAGGUCUCGGGACCAGUCAGCUCUCCGGACAUUUGGACUUUUUCCCUAAUGGAGGGGAGGAGAUGCUCGGAUGUGCAAAGAACGCCCUCUCCCAGAUCGUGGACCUGGAUGGUAUCUGGCAAGGAACUCGGAAUUUCGUUGCCUGCAAUCACCUGAGAAGUUACAAAUAUUACUCGGAGAGCAUCCUGAAACGUGACGGCUUCGUCGGCUACCCCGCCUCCUCCUACAGCACCUUCGCCUCGGGCACCGGCUUCCCAUGUCCUAGUGGAGGAUGUCCCCUGAUGGGUCACUAUGCCGAUUCCUAUUCCGGGGUCACUUCUUCCAGCCAAAGAUUCUACUUCAACACCGGAGACCAGAGCGGCUCCUUCUCCCGUUGGCGUUACAGGGUCAGCGUACAGGUCACCGGAUCCAAUGUGGAAGGAUUUUUCCUCGUUUCUCUCUUUGGAUCCAAUGGAAACACUCGCCAGUAUCAGAUCUAUAGAGGAAGCAUUAGGAGCUCCAACACAUACACGGCCCAUAUUGACGUGGAGUCCGACGUGGGGUCUCUGAGCCAAGUGAAGUUUAUCUGGAACAACAACCAAUUUAACCCUCUGCUGCCCACAAUUGGAGCCUCCUCCAUAACGGUCCUGAACGGCAGAGACGGCAGGUCGUCCCGUUUCUGCGGCAGUGGAACGUACAGAGAACAAGUCCUCCAGACUCUGCAAGCUUGUUAAAUGUGAUUUGUUUCUCUAAUAAAG